AUGCAACUAAACAUUAAGAUCAUCGAAGCCAAAAACGUUCCAAAGAUGGAUAUUAUUGGUUCGUGCGAUGCUUAUGUUGCAUUAACAUUUGGUUCAAAGAGAUAUAAAACAGGUGUGAAGGAAAAUACUCUGAAUCCUGUUUGGAAUGAAACAUUUCAGUUCCCAAUUCAAAACCAAAAUGAUAUUCUCACUCUUAUUGUUUCAGAUCGCGAUAUGACUACUGAUGAAGACUUUGCCAAGUUAACGUUCCACAUUAAUCUCAUUAAACCUGGAACAGUUAUCGAUAAAUGGUUUGAUUGCGAACAACUCAAGUCUGCAAAGAUGAAAUGCAGCUUACAUCUUUUGAUUCAUAUCGAUAACUAUGAUGUAAGGCCUUUCUGCCCUGCGAACCAGCCAUCGGCUUGA